ACACACACACACAGUUUUUCUGCCUCACACUAACACCCACUCGAUCUGUCUCUCUCUCCUUUCUGACGAGGGAACAUGUUGCCUAGGAGCAGCAGCAGCAGCAGCAGUGUGCUACACGUGGAGACAACCUCCUCUCUCUGUGUCUGACUGUAAUAAACCAGGGACAGGAGGAAGAAAGAAGGACCUGUUUCUUUUUUCUGUGUCUGACCAGACUCAUUGAGGAAGAGGAGGAGGAGAAGAAAGAUAGGAAAAGGAUCAGUACGCAGAGGGAUUCAGGAUUUGAUUGUGACUGUGAGUCUGACCAAACUCACAGAGGUGGACUAGCGAGAGGAAAAAGAGGAGGAGGAAGAGGAGGAGGAGAAGAGCCAGGAUUUGUUUGUUUAUUUGACAAAACUCCCCAAAGAGGAAGAAUAGGAGGAAGAGGAGAGGCUACUGUUUGUUGUCCAUUUGGGACAAGUGGGGUAGUGGGUUUGGACCGGGACUUGGCACACCCCCCAAAGUCGCUACCAUGUGGCAGGAGGCCUUACGGACUCGGGGGCGCUACCUUCUGGAACGUGGGGGAGAGGGGGGAGACGGGGGAGAAGCCCUGGGGGAUGUGUUUGUAGGUUUUGGGGAGACCCCGACACAGGGACAGGUGUGUGUUGGGGGACAGAAGACCCAGGACUGGCUGUAUGAGUCCUACUACCGUAUGAGCCAACAACACCCUCUCAUUGUGUUCCUACUGCUCAUAGUGAUGGGAGCAUGCCUCGCUCUACUGGCCGUGUUCUUUGCUUCCGGACUGAACAUGGAGGACCACCUAGCGUUCCUGAUCACCGUGCCCACCACCCUCUUCCUCUUCCUCUCCAUCUUCAUCCUGGUCUGCAUAGAGUCCGUCUUCAACCGCAUGCUCCGCCUCUUCUCCCUCCUUAUAUGGGCCUGCCUGGUUGCCAUGGGUUACCUCUUCAUGUUCUCCGGGGGGAUCCUCUGUCCUUGGGACCAGGUGUCCUUCUUCCUGUUCAUAGUGUUUGUGGUCUACACCAUGCUGCCGUUCUCCAUGAGGGGAGCAGUCCUAGCCAGCAUCAUCACAUGUUUAUCACACACAAUCACACUCAGUGUGUGUCUGGCGUUUACUGCAGAAGCCUUGGAACCACUGGUGUGGCAGAUCCUGGCUAACAUCAUUAUCUUUACGUGUGGUAACCUGGCUGGAGCGUACCAUAAGCACCUGAUGAACCUGGCCCUCAGACAGACCUACCAGGAUACUUGCAACUGCAUCAAGUCCCCCAUCAAACUGGAGUUUGAGAAACACCAGCAGGAGAGGUUAUUGUUGUCCCUGCUCCCGGCCCAUAUCGCCCGUGUGAUGAAGGCAGAGAUCAUUCAGAGGUUACAGGGACCAAGGGACAGGGACUUCGGCCGGGCAGAGGGAACCAACAACUUUCACAACCUCUAUGUCCAACGACACACCAACGUCAGUAUUCUGUAUGCAGACAUCGUAGGGUUCACUAAGCUGGCUGGUGACUGCUCACCCGGAGAACUGGUGCACAUGCUCAAUGAAUUGUUUGGCAAGUUUGACCAGAUAGCCAAGGAGAAUGAGUGUAUGCGUAUAAAGAUCCUGGGUGAUUGUUAUUACUGUGUAUCAGGCCUACCAGAGUCUCUCCCUCACCACGCACGCAACUGUGUCAAGAUGGGACUGGACAUGUGUGAGGCCAUCAAGAAGGUGCGUGAUGCUACUGGUGUGGAUAUCAAUAUGCGAGUCGGGGUGCAUUCUGGGAACGUGCUGUGUGGCGUCAUCGGCCUCCAGAAGUGGCAGUACGACGUCUGGUCACAUGAUGUCACUUUAGCCAAUCACAUGGAGGCAGGUGGCGUGCCAGGGCGUGUCCAUAUCUCCUCAGUAACAUUGGAGCAUCUGAAGGGGUCCUAUAAGGUGGAACCAGGGGAGGGACAGAGUAGAGACUUUUACCUGAAGGAACACGGAGUCAUCACUUACCUGGUCAUCAACCCCAAGGCUGAGAGGCGGAGCCCUCACCUGUGUGCGCGUUCUCGUUCCUCUUUGGAAGGAGGGAAGAUGAGGGCGUCGGUCAGAAUGACUCGGUACCUGGAGUCCUGGGGGGCGGCAAAACCUUUUGCUAACCUGCACCAUCGAGACAGCAUGACCACUGACAACGGCAAAAUAAACACUACGGAUGUUCCAAUGGGCCAGUAUCACUACCAGAGAAGAGAGAGGACUAAAUCUCAGAAGAGACGGUUUGAAGAGGAACUGGAAGAGAGGAUGAUCAGAACCAUCGACGGCAUCAACUCCCAGAAGCAGUGGCUGAAGUCUGAGGACAUCCAGAGGAUCUCACUCUUCUUUCACAACAAGACUCUGGAGAAGGAGUAUCGAGCCACCACUCUGCCGGCCUUUAAAUACUACGUCACCUGUGCCUGUCUCAUCUUCUGCUGCAUCUUCAUAGUGCAGAUACUGGUCCUGCCCAAAACAGCAGUGUUGGGGAUCUCCUUUGGCAUGUCUUUCCUCCUGUUAGGUCUGAUCCUGGUCAUAUGUUUCUCCAGCCACAUCUUGCAGGGAGGUAAAGGAUCGUGGUGCUCUCUCCCCUGGCUCCCUACUUCCUCACGUAUCAUCAUCGCCAACAAACCCUGGCUCCGAUUGGUCCUCACCAUGACAACCACCGCUGUUAUACUUGUCAUGGCUGUUUUCAACAUGUUCUUCCUGGAAGAUGAGGUUCUGACCACACCCCCUACCAUGAACCUGACCAAUGACAGCAUGCUCAGCUCCCACAGCCCCACCCACCUCACGGAUGGGAAUAAGUUCUACCUGCCUUAUUUUAUCUACUGUUGUAUCCUGGGUCUGGUGUCGUGUUCUGUGUUCCUGAGGAUCAACUAUGAGCUGAAGAUGGUUGUAAUGUUAGUUGCCAUGGUGAUCUACAACAUCAUCAUCCUCCAGACACAUGCGCCCCUGCUGGACGGCUACAGUACUGCACUCUACAGCACACAGACACUGGACAGGCCAGGCAUUCUAAAGGAUCUGAAGACGAUGGGUUCUGUUUCUCUCUUCAUCUUCUUCAUCACUCUACUGGUGUUAGCACGACAGAAUGAAUAUUACUGUAGGUUGGACUUCCUGUGGAGGGACAAGUUCAAGAGAGAGUGUGAGGAGAUCGAGACCAUGGAGAACCUCAACAGGGUUCUACUGGAGAAUGUUCUACCUGCCCACGUCGCAGAACACUUCCUGGGACGAAACUGGAAGAACGAGGAUCUGUACCACCAGUCGUAUGAGUCGGUAUGUGUGAUGUUCGCCUCCAUCCCAGACUUUAAGGAGUUCUACACAGAGUCAGACGUCAACAAGGAGGGCCUGGAAUGUCUCAGACUCCUCAACGAGAUCAUCGCUGACUUUGACGAGCUGCUGUCCAAGCCUAAAUUCAGCGGGGUGGAGAAGAUAAAGACUAUUGGCAGCACCUACAUGGCUGCUACUGGGCUCAACGCUACACCUGGACCUGAAUACACACAGGAGCAUGACCGUCAGUACAUGCACAUUGGCACCAUGAUGGAGUUUGCCUUUGCCUUGGUCGGGAAACUAGAUGUCAUCAACAAACACUCCUUCAAUGACUUCAGGCUACGAGUUGGGAUAAACCAUGGUCCGGUGAUUGCGGGGGUGAUCGGAGCGCAAAAGCCUCAGUAUGAUAUCUGGGGGAACAGUGUUAAUGUGGCCAGCCGGAUGGAGAGUACUGGGGUACUGGGGAAAAUACAGGUAACCGAGGAGACGAGUCGUAUCCUGUUGACACUGGGCUACAUGUGUUCAUGUCGCGGCAUCAUCAAUGUGAAGGGGAAGGGAGAGCUCAAGACCUUCUUUGUACACACAGAGAUGACCAGAUCGCUGUCGCAAGGGACUGUGAUGCCUUGAACAUCAUAUACUGAGCAAUUUACACACACAUGCCCGCAAGCGCGCACACACACACACACCCGCAAGCGCGCACACACACACACACACACACCCGCAAGCGCGCACACACACACACUCUUAAACUAUUCAAACACAUGCAUUUACAUACACACAAAUGGACUUGCACACACAUCAGGGCUUCAAACCGGUUCAGGGAACCGAACCAAAAACCGGUAAAUAACUAAAUUUGUCAAGGAACAGAAACGGAACCGGGAACGAAAGUGAUCCAAACUGUUCCGGAACAAAACCAUUAUUUAAAAGCAUGGUAAGUGGUUAAUAAUGUUGUUUUACGUUCCAGGCAUUUUUUUCUAGUCCCCCCCCCCAAAAAAACUUUACAAGCGUGAUUCAGAAGAUAGGGAGAGAGAAUUUUUAUUAGCUAGAGAAGAAUGGAUUAACUUUAUCAAUGCUAGUUAAGGAUACUAUAACAACGCUGCGUUUAUAAGCGCGGAUAUCGACUCUGCCGCUUGAGCAUGCUUUUGCGGCACAGUCGAUAGUGCGCUGGACUUCGGGCUAGAAGGUCGUUGGUUCGAGACCUGCUCCCUGCCUGUAUUAGUACAAUACUAUAAGCCUGGUUAUCACCUUUUCGUUGAAAUGAUUAAACCUUACAAAAAGGUAAGACGUGUUUUUAAUUCUGAUGGCGCUUGUCAGUUAGCUAGCUAGCUCAAGCUUGUUAGCUAGUUAGCGCAAAGGACAUUCAAUAUUUCUCCAUAGAAGCCGCUCCGCCUAGGUAUAAGUAUGUGAACCUAAUUCAGAUAAUGCAUGUCAUAACAAGAUGUCCUGCGCUUCAAGCCUCCUCAACCCUAUCUUGCUCUCUUCCCACCUACAAAAUUUCAGUUGCAUCUUGCGCCAUUGGCUACACUUGUCUGUCCAUCACGCAUGGAAACAACUAGCUUGCCUGCUCUAUCCACAAUGAUUGGUAAAGUAAUUAAUAGUAAAUAAAGUAGUUAAAAAAGGAACCGAAAGAAACGAUAUCAACCUGUACUUUUAGCUUUGAACCGGUUCAGAACUUUAUUUUGCUGGUCGGAACAGUGUAACGGAACGAAAAAAAAUUGGGGUUCUGUUCAGAAUGAAAUAAUUGGAAAAUAACUUUGGUUCCAACCCGACACACAUACGUGCAUGCACAAAUACCGCACAUACACACACACACACACACACACAAGGACUUAUACAAUCACACACACAAACACAUUCAAAACUGCCUGCUGUAAUAGAACGUAUCUGUCAAGACUCCUUGUUUACAACAGUAACUCCCAGACCACUUCAUCUGAACCAGACAGAAGGCAGACAACAUUUAGAACAACAGACAGAACAACAGACAGACGGCUGUACAUACAGUAUUACCUGCAUCGUCCCUCCUUAGCUGGUUACAGUAGUGGCUGGACUUCAUAGGUUACAGUCGUCCUUAGAUGCUGAUCUUAGGUCAGUUUUGCAUCCCUGUCCCCCGUGUUUAGGAUAAGCCGAUCCUAGAUCUGUGCGCAACGGGAAUUUCUAGCUUUAGUGGAUUUCAAUGGCUGCCCGAGUGGUUGUGUGGUGCAGUGCAGAGACAGAUAUUGAGAGUAUGUGUCAGGAUUCUAGUCAGAGCCAUCUUGGCACCAAUAGUCCUUUCAUCAUUACAGUACUUUUAGUCAGAAUGGGGGGAAAAAAAUUGGUGUCAACAUGAACAGUAGUUUGCCAAACAUUCUAUAGCUAACCUAUCUCUAAGCUCUGGAGCAGAGCUUCUGUCAAGCAAAGAGCAAUGUACGUGGACCUCAAGAGCAGCCGGGAAUCAAGAGCUACUGGACUUUUGUAAGAAAACCAAAAAACUACAUCAAGAACAGGAGAACGUUUCCAUGUUUUGACGGCAUCAUUUUCUUACUCAUUAAAACCAUUUGUAUAUAACUGAA